AAUAGAAACAAAAAUCUCAAUAUCAAUUUUUUCGUGUCUUGAUGAUAAAAGUAAAAGUGAAUCAGAAAAAAAAAUCAUUAUAAAUUGUCAAUGCCAAUAGCCACCAUUUAUCUUUUGUUUACACGUCAUUUAGUCUGUUGUUGUUUUUGGUGGAUGUUUUUUUUGCUGAAAAGCCUAAAACUGAACAGUUGUGAAAAAUUAUGAAAAUCGCUUUUUUCGUCAAUUUCUUUUUCAUUUUCAUCAUACAAAAUACUGUUUGUCUAGCUGCUAGCAGUUUGCCCACGUUGUAUGAUUAUUAUACGAAUAAUGGACAAAAAAUUACGGCCGGUCUCGAUGCAAAUGGUCCAGAAUUCACCUUGAAUCAUAAACCAUUUGUCAUAUAUUCAGGAUCUUUUCAUUAUUUCCGUGUCGUACCUGAAUAUUGGCGACAAACAUUGCAGAAAUUUAAAGCAGCCGGUUUGAAUACCGUACAGAUUUAUCUUGCAUGGAAUCGUCAUGAACCACAACCAGGUCAUUUUGAUUUUGAUUCAUAUGGUUUGAAUUUAACGGAAUUUUUACAUGAAAUACGUAAUGCUGAUAUGUUUGCCAUUGUAAGACCUGGUCCAUAUAUCUGUGCUGAAUGGGAUCUUGGUGGUUUUCCAGCUUGGCUUUUGAAAGAUCCUCAUAUGAGUUUACGAACUCCAUAUGAAGGUUAUCUUGAACCAGUACGACGAUAUUAUCGUAAAGUAUUCGAUAUAAUCAAUGAAUUUCAAUUCACAAAAAAUGGUGGCCCUAUUAUUGCAUUACAAGUUGAAAAUGAACUUUUUGGUGAUCCAGAAAAUAUUAUUCACAAAAAUCGAAGUUUAGAAUAUCUGGAUAAACUACAUCAAAUGAUUGUCGAUGAAAAUCAUUUCAAAGAAUUACUAUUUACAUCUGAUCCGGUUUCUGUAGCACGAAGUGUACCGGUUCGAUCGUUGAAAUAUUUAUUGGAAACUGCAAAUCUUAAUCAAAAUGCAUUGGAUUCAUUAACACAGCUGAAAAAUAAUCAAAAAAAUCGACCAAUUUAUGUAUCAGAAUUUUGGCCCGGUUGGUUCGAUCAAUGGGGUGAACAUUCACAUCAUCGUUAUGCACCAUUAUUGUUUGAACAACAAAUCACAGAAAUUCUUUUCCAAGUGAAUGGUUCAGUAAAUUUUUACAUGUUUAUUGGUGGCACAAAUUUUGCCUACUAUAAUGGUGCUCGUGUUACAACAUCAUAUGAUUAUGAUGCUCCAUUAUCGGAAUCGGGAAAUUAUACGGAAAAAUAUUAUAAAACACGUCAAUUAUAUGAUAAAUUAGUGGCAUCUGGAAGACAACCAGCGAUUGCAAUUCCAACGAAUCCACCACCAGUAGUACGGGCUAAAGCAUAUGGUCAUUUAGCCAUGAAAGAAUAUCUUGAUUUCGGACAAAUUAUUGACCAAUUAAAACCGGUCAUCAUGAAACAACCAUUAUUCAUGGAAUUUAUUGAUAAUUCAUCUGGUUUUGGAUUUAUAUUGUAUCGAUUGAAAACAAAACCGAUCCAUACUUUUAAUAUAACUGGACCAAUCAAAGAUCGAGCCAUAAUAAUGAUUGAUGGUAAAAUUUUAACCAAAAUUGAAGAUGGUGCUAAAAAUCUAAAUAUUCAUUUAAAUCAAACGGAAUGGUUCGUUAAUCCGAAUGGUGAAUAUACUGUGGAUAUUUUAGUGGAAAAUCUUGGCCGUGCAAAUUGGGGCACUUCUUUGAUGGACACGGAACGUAAAGGAAUAAAUAGCACAAUAUUAUUUGAUGGCAAUGUUUGCAAUGAAAUUCAUACCUAUACAUUUGAUUUGAAUGAAAAUUUUAUGAAUCAUACAGCACAAUUGAAAUGGAAUCAAUUCCUUCAUGACAAUGAUGAUAAACAAAAACGACAUGGUCCACGAUUAUAUCGAACACGAUUAUCAAUAUCUAAUACAACCGAUACAUUUGUGGAAUUACCAGGAUGGACAUAUGGAAAUGUUUUUGUAAACAAUUUCAAUAUUGGUCGUUUUGAUCAUCGUGGACCACAGAAAACAUUAUACAUUCCUGGUCCAUUAUUACGAACUGGUGAUAAUGUAUUCCAUGUAUUUGAAUUGGAUCCUCGCCAUGAUUCGACACAAAUUGAAUUGAUUGAUUAUCCAAAAUUGGAAUAAAUAAAUAAAUAAUAAAAUUUUAUUAUUUUCUAAAAUAUUUUUCA